UCAGUGCCGUUGAAUCCUCUGGAGCUAUACAUUAACGGUUUACCAGCGAAUGUCACCAAGGAAGAUAUCAGGAAUGUCUUCCGAGCUGCUGUCUCCAUAAACAUUCCCAAAGGCCGACCUCACGAUUUAAGGCGUGCAUUUAUAUUGUUCUCUACUGAGGAGGAUGCCAAGUUGGCUUUUGACAAGAGUAAAGGUCUGAAACUCGCUGGACGGUCUGUUGAAGUGUUUUUUGCCCGAAUGCGCAAAGAAGUUCUACCUAAUGCAACGGUAAAACCUUCAAAGGGUGCAACUUCUGUGCAAAAUGCGAGUGCAGCUUCGGUAAAGAAGCCAACAGCGGUGCCCAAAGUAGACGAGAGUGAUGACAGUGACGAAGAGGAGGUGGAAUCAAGUGAUGAAGGAAUAGAAGAAGUUGUUGGAUCCCCAGCGAAGAAGGCCACGCCUGGAAAGGUCUGU